CCCAGAUGUCCAAAUAAAAAACCUGACCAUGGUGGAACUUCCUGCUGAUGAACUGAUAUGAUGACAGGACUCCAAAGUCCAUCGAGUGUUUUGCUCCUCUUUGUUGCAGGAAACAGUGAAUUGACGCCCCCAGAUGACCAAAUUAGCGCAUCCUAUUGUUCGCAGGCUCUACGUAAUUGCGCUGGAUCAUGGCUGUCAUCUGCUGCCUGCACACACACACACACAGACUCAGACACACACUGCACUGACAACAAACAACACACACACUCUCUCUCUCUUUAACGGGACUUUGAGGCGACACACCGUCUCUGUGUGUGUGUUCGGUGGGAUGCUCUGUGGACGGAUGAGUCCUCGCUCCGGAGUCACCACCAUUACAUCAUCUAUUCCCACUCAGCCCAGCGGAGAAGCUUUUAUUAUUUAACAGGGAUCCCGGCGGUUUGGACUCCUCAUAAAGGACGCUGUGGGGAUUAUAAAAACACAUCAACAAUGUCUGCGGGGAUGAUGGCGUUUCAAUGAGAGGGGAGGAGAGGAGGGGGAGAGGAGGAGAGACGUGCACCGUCAUCAGCAUCUGUCCGCCAGCUCCCUUUGUGUUCACCGGAGAAUGUGAAUGGCGAAAGAUGACAUGGCAGAGGUAGAUUUGGCAUCAAACGGAGCGGAACCCCCCGGCGAGGCCUCCUCGGCGUUUCCCUACGAGGAGUACGAGUGCAAAAUCUGCUACAAUUAUUUCGACCUUGACCGUCGGGCUCCGAAGAUCCUAGAGUGCCUCCACACGUUUUGCGAGGAGUGCCUGAACACGCUUCACCUCCGGGAGGAGCGGCCAUGGCGCAUCAGCUGCCCCGUCUGUCGCCACCGGACUCCGGUGCCGGAUUAUCGGAUACAAAACCUGCCCAACAACACCAAGGUGACGGAGGAUUUUCCGCUCUACAUCGACUCGGACCCCCUGCCUCAGGACGCUUUGCCGCCGUACCCUCCCCCGCUGCACCCGGCGCUCGUCGCCCUCCGCCGGGAGGAGGCGUCGGGGACGUCCAGCGCCAGCCAGGCGACCCCGUCCACCACCGUGUCCACGGCCACGACCCUCUCCCAGGACUCGGUGCGCUACGACAGCUGUCAGAGCUGCAAGCGGGUGGCGCUGACCACCGGCUGCGUCUGCGUGAUCUUCUCCUUUCUGUCCAUGCUGGUGCUGCUGUUCAUGGGCCUGAUCUUUGUGCACAGUCACAGCAUUCCUCCCUCGCCGGCGGGACCCAUUUGCUUGUCGGUAGCCAGCAUUCUGGCCAUGUUCUCGGUGGUCGUCACAUGGCUCAUCUGCUGGCUCAAAUACAGACCGGACCAUGAGACAGGCCGCGCGUCCGCCACCAGUAACUCCCGGAGAAACGCCUGACAGCCGGGCUGCUGGCUCUGACUGUGGAUGGAGGUGUUGUUCUGUGGGUGUGAUUCUGUACAUAGUACUGGCAACUGAUUCUCCUGCUCCCUUUACUUUUUCUAGGAAUAAAUCUCGCCCAAAAUGGCCUUUUCUGAGUAUAGCAAACACCCAAAGGCCUUCAUGUUGUUAGGAGCAAUAGGCCAACACGAUCCUUGAUAAUCUUUUCCUUCAAUUAUGCACUUGAAGUUGCAGUAGGCCCAGCUGACUGGGCAUGUUGGUGGGUGAACUCAGAGCCUGGAUUUGGUUUGAUGGCUGAAUGUGAAGUGCUUAUGUCCAGGGUUUGACACCCUCCCCUCCCCAACCUGCUAAAUAAUAUGCAUAUCCCACGACGCCACUCACUGUAUGAUAACUGUCCAUGAUGAUUCACUCAUAUCUCAACAAAGCACUAUUGUAUUGUACAGAUACUCAGCAAUGUUCACUUCUGAGUUGUCAGCUGAUGGGUUUUGGUUUCUCUGGAGGCUUGCUGUAUAUGUCUAUGUAGGAAUCCUCUAAAAUGUAAAUCAAAUUCACGACCCCAACCUGUAAAUAGUCCACGAGUGCAGAGAAGUGGUGAGUGCUGCUGGACAGGUGUGAUGAGCCUUCCUAAACCUUGUGCUUUAACUUUCUCCUCCAGGAUGGCACUGUUUCCAUAGUCACGAUGAAACCUGCACCUCUUCCAUGUGAAAAGAGAUGCAAAGAGAUGGCUUGUGGAUUUAAAGUUGUGUUUUGCUACUUUUGUGCAUGUUUGGCUACUGAGAGGCCUAGGCCUUUUGUUUCUCCUCUUUUUUUUUUCUUAAUGGAAGGGACCGUGCGUCUCCUGACUCGUGUGCCUCACCUUGUUGCUGAAUGAAGCAAAACUUCACUGUAAUCAUGAUCCAAGUCAUGCACGGGCCUCCUGCCACAGACAGCACCCAGCGGGGGCGUCGGCAGGGAUUUCCUCCUCUUGUCACAUCAUUUAUACAUCAGAAGGUGAAAACAGGGUUUCCUACGUUUAGCACCUUUUUUUAUACUUAUGAAACAUGUUGGGGGUAUUUUUGGCUUUGGAGAAAGAGUCCAUAAUAGUUAAAGAAGUAUAAUCCAGGCUUCAGCUGCUUCCAAGUUCCCUCCUCUUCUUCCUUCAAAGCCAUAAGUGAGAAUCCAAUGAUACAGCUAAAAAAGAUGUGGUAAACAAGUUCUAAAAGGAUACAUUUGGUGUCACUCUGGUUCCACUGAGAUUGUCAGGAGUCAUAAUUGCCUCUGGAAACUUAAAGAGCCCCAUGAGCUGUGUGGCUGAGAUUAGACAGAAGCAUUUACAAAGAGAAAAAAACAUACAUGGGCUCAGAGAGUUGGUCCAGUACUUGCACUAACACCAUGCAAAUAUUGAACUUUCCUAAACUGAAACUUAAUAUAAUUUACAUUAUGUGUUUCUUUUCCUCUGAAAUACAUGUAUGAAAAUACACUGAAUUAACAUUUCAGUGAGUUUAGCUUCACACAAUGCAAUGAAAAAUCUAAAACUCAAGGGGCCUACAGUGGGCAGACUUCUUCUUAUGAUUAUUACUGUGAACCGUCUGUAUAUUAUUGUCGCAACAAUCUAUAUGAUUAUUUAUUUAUAACACUUAAAUAUGGAAAAAACCAGUGUAAGACCCUCAUACCGACUGAAUAUGGUUUAUGGGGGAUUUGAAUUGGAACAGUGUGUGAUCUCCCGACUCCCUGACAGCAUUUAAUCUAGAAUUCAGAGAUGAUCCGGACACCAAAGGGGUUUCUAUCUGAGCACUUAUUGCCCUUGAGCACUGCUGGUCUCCCUACCUCACCAGCAAAAGCAAUUUAAUGUGAUUAGUGAAACCCUCCCCUUUAACCCUCAAUCUGAUGCUUGCUUCAAUCAUCCUGCUCAACCUUUUCCCAACUUCUCUAUGAUGCACUUUCACCCUCUUAUUUGACACAAGUAACGGGGUUAUACCUUUGACAAAAUGUAAGCAUACUGUAUUUAUUUCAGAGGACCUAGACGAUGUUGUUGGUUUUUAUGAGAAUCUGUGGUUGUUGUUAAAGUACCAAAUGUAUUUGCACAGAGAAAUGGUCUUUAUGUGCUGUUUUACAUACAUAAACACAUUUCAGUAAUAAAGGAAACAUGAAUA